AUGACUCGACUACUCCCCGUCCUCGGCCUGGUAGGCUGGUUCAUUCUCCCGAACCACCUCGUUCCGGCCCUCAAGAUUGCCAGCGAUGUCGGUACGAUCGAGCACACUCCGGGACGAAUCGCCAUCGAAGACUACUACGAAGGGGAUGCUCAGAUUGUCGGCGGUGGUAUCACGGCCUUGGUUAGCGACUCGAGCGUCGAUCUGGGGACGAAUGCCGAAAUCCCGUCUCUCCGGACCUACGCCACGCAUAAGAACCUGCGAAUAAUCUACACCAUGACGGAAACCUACUACCGCAUUGUCGCCAACGCAUCUGUAGUCCCUUCCCUCGAGGACCUGAGGGGGAAAAGAAUCGGCACACUACCGGGCAGCACCGCGGCGUAUUUCGUGGAGAAAUAUCUUGCCACCGUCGGCCUGGAGUCCACCGAUUACACCCUCGCUUCCGGAUCCCCAUGUUCGGCUGCCCCCUGCGGGCGCGGCACUCUCCCGUACCAGCUUGCCACCGGCGUCAUCGACGCUGUCGCGAUCUGGGAACCGACUCCGGAGCUGGCAGUCCAGGCUCUCGGUCCCGACGCCAUCGUGUUCCAGGAUCGAUCGGUUUAUCGAGAGCUGGUCAAUCUUCACAGCACGGUUGAGAAGCUCGCUGACCCGGUUUCAAGGAGCGAGAUUGUCGACUUUGUGCGGGCCCUCAAUAAGGCGGAGGAGGUUUUCAGGACCAAGCCCGAGACCGUCUGGGACCGGGUUGCGUCUGCUCUUGGUGUCAAUGCUUCUGUCAUCGAAGCCGUCUUUCCUAUUCACGCCUGGAGGGGCACACUGGCACCGGACUUGCUGGAUGUGCUGGUGACCGAAGACCCGUGGGUUGCCAAGGCGAAUAAUCGGGCUGCACUGUCGGUAGAGGAUCUGGCAGAUCUGAUUGACUCGAGUGUCUUGGAUGAGGUUCUUCGAAUGGAAGACUGAGCAUGGGAGUUAUGUAGAUAUGACUAGGCACUUCAAUGCCCGAUGGGCGCAGA